GGGGAGCAAAAUUCAGUUAAGGCACGUAAAUGCCAUGGUUGGAGAUUUAUAAGCGCGUAAGUUAUUCUUGUAUUUAUUAUAUUUAAUGCUCAAUUUCUAUCAUUAUUACUAUCAUCAUUUGGCUCAUUAUUUUUAUCCUUAUGCGAUGAGUUCUUGUCAAAGCUCGCUCCCUCUAUUCUUCGUUCUUGAUUCUUCACUUGAUUUUUCAUCCCUUCAUCAGACACAGAGAUACCUACAUUAGAUAUGGCUCCAAAGAAAAAAGGUGAAGUUAUCGUAAUCAUGGGUGUCAGCGGUGCCGGAAAAACUAGGACAGAUGCUGGGAAAAGAGAUGAAAUAUAAGUAUCUUGAUGCUGAUGAUUUUCAUUCUGAAUCAAACAAAGAAAAGAUGGGCAAGGGAAUCCCACUCACUGAUGAAGACAGGAUGCCAUGGCUUGAAUCACUAAGAGAUGCCACAAAAGAACACAUAGUUAACGGAAAUGGUGUGAUUCUUGGGUGUUCUGCAUUGAAGAAGCAAUAUAGAGAAACACUAAGAUCAAGUGACCCUGAUUACAAAUUGGGAAGUUAUGAAACAAAUGCUGUUAGCUUUGUACUAUUGGAAGCUCCUGCUGAGGUGCUAAGUGUUCGUUUAAAUAAAAGAGCUGCAGAAGGGACACAUUAUAUGCCGGCAUCUCUUUUGCAAUCUCAGUUGGAUUUGCUUAAGAUUGAUGAAUCUGAGGGAAUACUUAGGGUUGAUGCCACUUUAAGUCCUCAAUCCAUUGUCAAAACCAUUAUUAUAAGCAUUUUCCAAUUUCAGGACUCUUUUCAUUCAUCACAAUGUUGAAACUAGAAGUUAUCUAUAAUAAUAAAUAAUACUAAUGAUUAAAUCAGGUUUCAUCAUUAAGUAUUAUUCAAGCAAAAGUAGGAUAUGAAUUAUCCUAGGAUUGUUUCAUUUGAAUUGGCAGUGAAUCAUAUAAUUAAGCCUAUUU